CGUAUUGAACGCUGUGGAUGCGUAGGCGCGCGCUACCUAUAUACUGUGUCCUGCGUACUCGCAUAAGAAUCCACAUGUUAUGCAUCACGAGGAAAAUGCCUAUUUGGGAGCUCGACGAAGCUCUACUAACUGAGCUUACGCGUCCGCUUUCGCUCGCACCACCUUUGACGCCAACAGAAGUAAGACGAUGGGCUGUUUCAAAAGUCGCCCAGUGGUGGACCCCCCAAUCAAGGUAGAUGAAUUUGAGCCCGGGGGUGGAAUCGCCAAGACUGCCGAGAAUGUUCUCCAAUAUCCCCCAAGCCAGCCUACUACUAGCGCGAAAUCAAGAACCAUUAAUCCGAAGCAACACGCUGGACAUCACCGUGGGGCCUCGGGCCCCGGGCCCCCAGGAAAUUUAGAACAUCCCAACUAUACCAAUGACGUACGAGAACCUGCACAAUAUGCGAAAGCCACGUACAGCAGUCAACGCGCGCCUGGCCCGGUUCAAGCUGGUUUUUCCACUGCUUCUCGGCGGGCUUCUGAUAAGCCGCCACCCCAAACUAUGUCCACUGCCUCUCCCAGCAACAAUCAUGUCGAGGGAUUCCCAUUGAACUACAAUCGAGCGGCUCUACCUACUACUGAGAGUUCCAAGCCCCAAUCCAUGUACCCUAUAGCGCCGGCACCAGUAGAGGUACACUCUCGUAAAGACAAGAUCCAAGCACCAACGCUAAUCCAAGCCGAAGGGGACCCUCUAUACGCUGUUCCCAAACCACAGAGCUCGGAGAUCACUUCCCGUACCCCUGCUCGGCCUAUCAGCGAUGACAGCGGUCAACGGCAGAACCUGCCGCCGCCACAGCGCAAAUCGUUACAUCCCACUCGAGCUCCCAGCAAGGGUGCUGAGCCAGAAAGGGAAAAUAGCUCAGAUCCGAUAACCCUACGGGAUCAGUCGCUACAGCAAGCCAGAGGCGAAACUCGGCGUCCGCACCACCCUAAACACGAAACCAAUUCUCGUGGAGCCGCUGCGCGCAGAGAGUCACGAUUGAAUGAUGAACCUGAGCAAUAUCAACAUCAUCCUGAUCCGCAGCCGAGAUUUUCGACGAGUUAUAGUUAAGAUCCGGUUGCCUCGGAUGGCUACUACCAACUUUCGUUCUCUGUACAAUUAUCAUGUCCUUAUGUCA